AUGAGAACGAGCAACCACCUAAUAGGCGCCCUGAUCUUCCUCACCUUCGUCCUAUCGAUCCCCAUCGUCGGCGGCGGAAUAUGGCUGAGCAGCCGCGCGAACAACACCGACUGCCUAAAGUUCCUCCAGUGGCCGCUCAUAAUAAUCGGCGUGUCCAUCAUGGUCGUCUCCCUCGCCGGAUUCGCCGGCGCCUGCUACCGGAACAACUUCCUCAUGUACCUCUACCAGUGGGCCAUGUUCAUCAUCAUUGCCACCCUACUCGGCUUCGUCAUCUUCGCCUACGCCGUCACCGGCAAGGGUUCCGGCCAACCCGUGAUGAACCGGGCCUACCUCGACUACUCCCUCUAG